GGUUAAAAAAGCGGAACUCAGCUAACGGCAAUUCAUAUAAGGACGUUAAUGAUUUCAAUGGCAUGAAACUUGAGCGGUUACCGUGAGAUCAUUUGUUCAGUUUGCGCAUCGAGGAAACGGACUCUAUAGAAAGUAUCACAGAAGCUUCAGUGUAUUACCUCCGGGACGAACUUUCACGAACGCAAGAUGAAUGGAAUGGAUCUUCGAUUGUACUUAAUCUUCUUUGCCGCAGUCGAAGCCACAUCACUCGAGUUCAGUGAGAACGCUCCCGAAAAUUACACUGGAUUAGCUGAAAAUUUUCGAAAUCUGGAGUGCAACAUAAAAGGAGCGAAGACAUACGAAUGGUUUCAUAACGAUACGAAAAUCCCUUCGGAUGGCAACAAAUUUUAUCUCUUCACAAACAAACUUGUCGUACUCCAGAGCACGGCGACCGCUGACUACCAAGGAACGUACCAGUGCCUGGCCACAAGUGACGAUGAAGUACUUCGUGGUCCCAAAAUAAAAGUUCGUUUUCCUCCUGUCGAUGGAUUCUACAAGACAGACAGCGAAGUCGAAGAAGCACUUGUUACUGUUGGCAAGGACUUUGCACUGACCUGCCCGCCAAGAAAAUUGUCUAGAGACGUUUUUUUCCAUUGGGGUGGACGACGUGGGACAACGGGAGCAUGGUUUCUAACUUCUGCCAAACAUUACAUGAUAAUGGAGAAUGGAACCCUGCUGUUUGCAAACGUGAGAAAAAAGGAUCUUGAAGUUUUCAACGUCGAGAAGAAUGGCGUCAGUUGUGUCAUUGAGUCGAAAGAAUAUAAGAAUUUGGCAUUUUCUCAGCGAUUCUUGCUGCGAGAGAUUUCAGGGGGAAAUAAAACUCCUUUUGGACCAAUGAUCAGAACAGAACUGAAAGACAAAAGAGUUUCACCAGGCAAAAGUAUUGUUGUGUUGAGAUGUGGAGCAGUUGGGCUUCCUACACCUGACUAUACAUGGACUUUUACAAAUCUGGAAGGGAGAGAGACGACCAUCGUCAGCGGUGGUAGAGAUGGUUAUGAGCUUCAAAACUUUAAUCAUUUGUUGAUGAUCACUUCGAUCGACAUAAAACACGCUGGAUUGUAUAAAUGUAAGGUGAACAGUACGUACAAUGGAAAAGAUCAUGUCGACGAAAGAAUGGCAAGACUUGAUGUGAUAGGAAGACCAAUCUGGCUGGAAGGAGGUCAACUAGCAAAUGAAACAAUAAAAGAGGGCCAAAACUUCUCAUGGUCAUGCAAUGCUUAUAGUUAUCCAGCCCCGACUUACUCUUGGACAAAAAAUGGAAUGGAACUAUCUGAAUCAAACAACUUAGAAAUUCAAGAUGGAAAAUUAUACUUUCAAUUGAUAUCUAAGGCGGACGAAGGAGUUUAUAAAUGUUUGGUGGGAAACAAUCUUGGACUCCUAUCUUCGUCAGCAAAUCUAUCGGUUGAAACAGGAACAGGAGAAUCAGGACCAGCAAUUACGCUGCUGCACUUGUGCGUACGUGAAAAAAGAAAUAUAUUUUUCUUGGUCGACGGUUCCGGGAGCGUUUCAACGACAACGUUUGAAAAUUUCAAAAAGUUCAUGUCACUGGUAGUGGAGUCGUUUGAUAUUGGCCCAAACACAACUCACGUUGGCCUGUUACAGUACUCUAGUAAAUCGCAUACAGGUCUAGAGUUUUACUUCACAGAGUACCAGACCGCAGGGGAACUAACAGAUGCCAUUUCCAAAGUUGAGUUUCACUACGGUGCUUACACGUUUGGUGGUUAUGCCAUGGAUUUAGCGCAGCAGAUUAUGAACCACUACAACAGGGCAGAUGCAAAAAACGCAUGGGUGCUACUCAUGGAUGACGGCGUGUGGGAUAAGGCCAUAGCUCGUAACAUUUCGCUUGAAGUACGCCAGUCGGGAAGCAAAAUAAUUGUACUCGACACCAAAGCAAUCAUGUACGAUAUCGCCGACAUGGGUCUGAUGUUUACCUCCGAUGAUCUCGAAGAUAACGCUCAGAAAGUCGUUGAAGAGAUUUGUAAAUAGUAGAUUUUGUUUUUGUAGGUAUAAUGAAAUAAAUGUAUUGGAUUUUUUCUUUAAAUUUAA